AUGUCAAAAGAUUUCAAGAGUCUGCCAGUGACUGUCGAAAAGGGUAUCCCAGUGACAUAUGAUUUAGGUAAUCUCUCUGUUUUCGAUUCUAAUGCAUUGAAUAAAAGUGAUCUAGAUUCCUCCAAUGCAAAACGUGAAGAACAUUUAAAGGACAUGACCCGUGAUAACGUUCAGCUACUCAUCAAUCAAAUACUGUCUCUACCCAUGAAGACCACGACAGAGUCGGCAGGUGGUACCAGCAAUCAAAGUGCUUCGAUGACGUUGAUACAGUUACCAGAACCUACAACUGAAUUACCUAGAGAAAAGCCACUGCCAAAACCAAAAGCACCAACCAAAUGGGAACUUUUCGCAGCCAAGAAGAAUAUCAAGCCAAAGGAAAGAGCUGGUAAGAUGGUAUACGAUGAAGAAAAAGGUGAAUGGGUUCCAAAGUGGGGUUACAAAGGUUCUAACAAGACCUUGGAUAACCAAUGGUUGGUGGAAGUUGAUGAAAAGGUCAAAGGUACAGAAAAUGAGUUAGUCGACCCAAGGACACUAAAUAGAGCUGAAAGAAAGAAUCUGGUAAAAAAGAAUCUGAGACAGCAGAAAAAAAAUUCAAAAAAUGUAUUGGGCUCCAAAUGA